AAAGGACACAUUAAACCUUGCAGACUGCCUUGAAUCUGAUAUAAACUGCUCUGGUGGCUGUGCCUCAAGGCUCAACUUCGUCACGUGUCUCACUUCUCCCAUACAUAAUACCAUAUUAAGUGUUGCAGGUGCCUUAGGCACCCUUAGCCAUAUGGCCCUUAUGGCCAUAUAUUGGCACUCCGCCAUCCGUAGUUUGGGAAUAAAGCAAGCUUUCUUCCUUUCCUCUUUCUUCUUCUUGGUUGCAGAUGUACUGCAACAUUAAGGGUCAGCUUACGGUAUUCUUACCUAGUACAUAGUACAUCGCUUGACGGAAAGACGCACUCGAGGUGUUCGAUUAAUUUUAUCCACUAUGGAAGCGAUCGGUUCAAUUGCUGCUGUAUUACAGUUAAUGUCACAAGCUAUUUCCCUGUCGCAGCAGGUUGAUAAGGCUCUUGAGAACAUGAAGUCGACCACCAAAGUUUUUCAAGAUAUCAAAGCACAAGCAGACAGCCUAUCCGAAAUCAUCGAAACAGUCAAAAGCAGGCCCGAACUGCACGUAUCAGAUAUCAACAGUCAAGUUGGACGAAUCAAUGCGAUCGCGGUCGAGCUUCGUGAUAUCCUACAAGUCAUGACUAUGCGACAACACAAGAGCAUGCUACGACAAGGCCUAUACGCCUUGAUUAGAGCAGACCGGGAUGAUGCUAAGCUGAGAGAUGUGUUAGAACGACUAGCUUUGGCAAAGGGCCACCUAACAUUACAAAUUGGCAUCAUUAACAAUGACAUACUAGGCGAACUGAGGGACAGCAAGAUGAACCACGAACCAGGAAUGAACACUAUUUAUUUAUUUUUACGGAGAAAUGAAUCCUUGGAUAAUGCAAAACAGAUCAAUGGAGCCAUUGGGUUGGAAUCUUCGAAGGCACCGAUCACAGCUAGAGUGAUUGAUAACAGAGCUCAUGGAUGCAGUCAACAGAAAAAUAUCAUUAUAGGGGGACAAUGCUUCGCGUCUCUACUCGAAGUCUAGACUGUAUAGAUACUGUAGAGUCUUGAUUCUCAUGUAUCUACUCUGGUUAGGUACAUACAUACAUACAUAUCGUGGCAAUGCUCGGCGUUUGUAAAGGGGGGUGGGGGCCGCUUCGGGGUUUAACAUGUCCUAUCUUUACUAGGUAUGCAUACCUGGGUACCUAUAGAUACACACCUCCC